AUGAAGCUUUUCACCACCAUCGUUCUCCUCGCCGCCACCGCCGACGCCCGACGACGAAAGAAGAAAAACCAAGCUGUCGUCGAGGAAAGCUCUGGCGAAGGAUCUGGAGUCGCUCCAGUCACAGCUGAAGAAGCCAAAGCCGCAGUUGAUACAUUUGUUGGCGAAAUCGAAGCUGCUGCUUCUUCCAGCGGAGAAAGCGUCAAAGCCAUGACUAGACGAAUGCAAGAACUCGCAGAUCUCGGUCUCUUUUCAUCCGCCGAUCCUGCCUGCUCUGCUCCUUACGAUUCUGACAAUUUCGGCGGCGACGAUUUCGCGCUCUGGGCUGAUUCGGCCGCUAACACCGGCGAUCGGUGCGAUGAUUCUCAGUCCCUUCAGACAGGAGUCGACCUCUAUCUCAAGAACUUCGGCUGCAACGACGCUGUCGAUACCAGAACCGCCAAACGAUGGGGAAAGAUUGCCGCCAAGCUUUCGAAGCCUUCCUGGUGUGCAUAA